AUGAUCCUUUCUGUAAUCAUCCGUGAGACAACUGUAGUGGAGAACCGCAGGCUCCGGACUCCAUAUUUACUAGUUGAUUCUAAUUAUCGUGUUAUUUAUAAGCUUCCCCUUGGGGAUAGCCCUUAUGUCAGAGCAAAAUAUGCACAGCUGGUUGAGAAAGAUCCAGAAGGUGCUAUAGUUCUAUUUUGGAAGGCAAUAAAUGCUGGAGAUAGAGUAGAUAGUGCUUUGAAAGAUAUGGCAGUAGUAAUGAAACAACAAGAUAAAGCUGAAGAGGCCAUUGAAGCUAUUAAGUCCUUUAGAUAUCGAUGCUCCAAACAGACACAGGAAUCAUUGGACAAUGUCCUUAUCGACUUAUACAAGAAAAGUGGAAAAAUAGAGGAGCAGAUAGAAUUGUUGAAGGAAAAGCUACGAAUGAUAUACCAAGGAGAAGCAUUCAAUGGUAAACCUACUAAGACUGCUCGCUCUCAUGGAAAGAAGUUCCAAGUUACCAUCAAGCAAGAGACCUCCAGGAUACUGGGCAACUUAGGAUGGGCAUACAUGCAACAAACAAACUAUGCAGCUGCUGAAGUUGUUUAUCACAAAGCUCAGCAAAUUGACCCUGAUGCCUACAAAGCCAGCAAUCUAUGCCUAUGUCUUAUAAAAUUAGCCCGAUUUAAUGAAGCAAGAACGGUUCUUGAAGACAUUUUACAAGGUGUACUCCCCGGUUCAGAUGAUCCUAAGUCGAAAACUCGUGCUAUGGAGUUGUUGAAGGAGUUGGAAUCAUUCAAAUUUGCUUCAUCUAAUUCUUCACAAUUAAUAUUAGAAGAUGUGUUUAUUGAGGGUCUUGAUCAGUUGAUGAACCAAAUGGUCCCAUUUCGAUCGAGACGACUUCCCAUUUUUGAAGAGAUAUCAGCAUACAGAGAUCAAUUGGCUUGUUGAUCUCUUUAAUAACCUUUUUUCCUUUGAAAAUGUUGUGUAAAAUCAUACUUGUUAUAGGCACUUGAGUUGAGUAUAGAGUAGUUGUUCUCGGGGUGAGAGAGUAGAUGCACAUAAUUUUUUAGGCACGGGGUUUUUAUUGUAACAAUUUGAAAGUCUUAGUGCAGUGUUCCUUUGUACUCCUAAGGGGUGGGUGGUAGUGGUUUUUUUGUUCGAGCUUUGUUUUUUUUUUUUUUUUUGUUUGUUACCUAUUGUGGGUCCAGAUUAAUGUGGAUUUAUAAGGCUGAUUAAAAGGAAAAGUGCUAACCUAACAGUAUUUUUUCUUGCAUUGGAGACCUCUAGUCAAUCCUUGGUGGUAUUUGAGUUUAACUUACACUGACAGUGGAAUAAACUUUUAUUGGCGGUAAAUGGUCAUCUUACCAUUUUAAGAUAAAGAUAAAGAAUUGGCGGAGGCCACUAAUGUUCUUUCAAGGCUUCACCACCAAUAUUCCUCCACAACUUCAAGUUCUU